AUGGAAGCGUACGCCCCGCAACUCACCCCGGUCGGGGAAAAGUCCCUGCCGGCGAAAUGUAAACCCAGUACCCUGGCAUACUGUCCCUCGAUGGACCUGAUUGCCCUGGCUACUGAUGAUGACGAGUUAUGUGCGUUCCGGCUCAAUGGCCAACGAGUCUUUGGGGGUUCCUUCAAGGGCGACCCAUACCUUGGCGAGGAUGAGGCGGAUGGAGAGGUGAGGGCGUUAGCGUGGAAGGGAAAUGGUCGUCUCCUCGCAGUCGCCUGCGGAGAUGGUUCGGUCCGCAUCAUCAGUGCUUACAGCGGCAAGACUGUCCACCACUAUCAAGCCUUUGAAGAAAAGAAGGAAGAACCCGCAGUUACUGAUCAAAAUCCAUCUCCAAAGGUGACUUGCUUGGGCUGGGGCAUGAAUUUCACCGACAGCAAAGCUGCCCAAAAGCACCUGCAAGGCGCCGCGGGCCAGAUCUCCGUUGAAGAUCUCCUUACGCCAGGGAUCCAUCCAUCUAAGGCGGCCGCAAUCCUCAAGGCGGACUUGCCGCGAGAACUAGCACUGCUGGACAUUGAAAGCUCUCUGCCCAAGCUAAGCACUCUACCCGCGACGGGCGCCGAGGACGACCUGUUUAGUUCGCGUGCAUCUAUCGAUGCUAUCUUCCAUUCAUCAACCAAAGACAAUAACGACUCGGUAGACGUACUUUUCGUUGGCUUCGACGAUGGUAGCGUCCACCUCAGGAUUUUCGACUGUUUUGAGAUUGGCUCGUUCCCCAUUGGGGAAUCGGCGGGUGUCGCUGGGUCAUGCCAUAUUCUCUGUCACGCGUCACAUCCGCUUAGUUCAACGCACGCCUUGCUCGUGUCCCCUACCAAUGGCCAAUCUGAUGAGCCUAUCAAUCUCGUCACCUUGGAUCUCCGAUUCAUCACCAAGUCCGGGCGUUAUCUGUCUUUACUUGCGUCUAAAACCACACAGCUUCAGAAUUUGUUGCGUUAUAUCAGUCAAGUUCAGAAGCAGAUCGAAGUCGAAUGGAAGAACGCACAAGAGUUACCGGCAAGAUUCCUACGAAGUGUGAACCAGGACUUACAAGAACAGUGUCAAUGUGAUUUCACCACGGCUAUAUACCAUCUCGUCGUGACUGGUCACUGUUUUGAGCCGAUGAAGGAGUUCUUGGUGGAUAUUGUUGGAGAAAGAGGACAUAAGCGAUGGGACAAAGCUGUGUCGGGCGGCUAUGAAAGUAUUCGACGAUUAACCCAUGAGUCCCUGCUUCCAGCACUGCAACGAAGUCAGGUUCUCCUCAGCCGACUUGUUGGACUAUCCAAAUUCCACAAGCUCAACGAUGUGCUUGGUCUAGAUACUUCAAAACUAAAUGCCAUUGUCGAGACACUCGACUGUCUGCACCUUCUCGCCCAUCGCAUCCUCAAUCACGCCAGCGAGGAGCUAGAUCAGUUUGCGGCAUUUUCGCGCUGGCUCCGCCACGAGAUCUUGAUAUUGGGCAGCGAACCCCUCUCACAAACAUGGGAUGAGCUCCUCGAGAAACGAGAUCUUUUUGACGUUCCUCCAACCGUGAAAUACAUCACCGGGGCACUGCGUAAGAGCGUCUUGCAUAACUUCAUCCGUCAACUCCCCAUGAUUGGAGUACCGCAGAUGCCUACCCCCGUCACGGAUAAGUGGCUGCCAGAUGGUCACGAUCGAUCCUUCUACGACACAUUCAAGGCAUUGCUGAACCAGCAAAAGCAGGUCCAGGCCGAGGGCGGAGAUGGAACUUCUGUGGACGCACCAAAACUGAAUGAUUUGACGCGGCGUCUAGGAAUCCAAUUUGAGAAAGUGUUCGCGGAGAUUGCACUAACGCAAAGACGGGGCAUCUUGCACCGGUCUCCAAUCACACUACACAAAGACUGUGACCGGAAUGUUAUUGAUAUCAAGAUUUGCUACGAGGACAUGGUGAAGCGGCGACCUUGCUCUAUUUAUGUGGCCGCGAGAUCGGCCAGUAUGAAAUCGCUAGUUUACAUUUACCGCAUUGUCCUUGAUUCGGUCAACGGAGUAAGCUCAACCCGGGAAACCUCGAUUGCUGCUCUUUCAUUCAAGGAGGGAGUGGUUAGUCAGCUACAAUUUGUCGAGGAUGAUACCCUCAUGGUUCUCUACGCCUACAGCGAAGCUACAUAUCUUCUGAACCUUCCCUUCCAGCCUGCCUCGGUUCUGGCAACGUCUGAAGAAGCUGGAGCCCUCGCAGUACCAUUGACCUAUGUUGAGAAUAAUCCUCAUCCUCCCACGGCGAAACCAACCGUUCAGUCCACGCCAAUGGACAUCGGAUCGCUCUUAGAAGAGACAAAUAUUGUCAUACAUAUCUUUGCAUCAUCGGGCCCGAAGUCAAACCCUCUGCACAUUGACGUCAAUGGGCGGCAGGGUCGUCGGGCUAUCUGCGUAUUGUAUGGCGACACGAUGCGGUACGAGGUGUUGGAUUUGGAUGCGGAGUUGGAAGAGGAAGAAAACGAGGAGGAAGAUGACGAUGAAGAUGAAGAUGAAGAAGAGGACGGAGAAUAUGAUUAG